AUGGCGAUCGUCACUGAAUUACCAGAAGAACAAGAAGCGGCAAUAACAUAUGAUGUUUUCCUAAGUUUCAGAGGGAAAGACACUCGUCUCGGUUUUAGCGAUCACCUUUACCAAGCUUUGGUGAAUGAAAACAUCUCUACCUUUCUUGAUGAGGAAGAGGUUGAAACUGGGGAAGAACUUAAACCCGAACUUGCAAGAGCUAUAAAAUGCUCUCGUGCUUCCAUAAUUGUGUUGUCUAAGAACUACGCAUCUUCAACAUGGUGUCUGGACGAGCUGGUGAUGAUCCUUGAGCAACGAAGGGUCUCUGAUCAUAUUGUUCUCCCUGUUUUUUACAACGUCGAGCCGACACAUAUCAGGAAGCAAGAAGGCACUUUUAAAGAAGCGUUAUUUGAACACAAACAGAGGAUUGAGUCCGAAAAGGAUGUGGAGAAGAAACUUCAGGGUGCUCGUAAGUUGGAGUUGUGGACGAAAGGACUUACAGAAGUUGCUGAUCUGAAAGGAAAGGAUGCAAAUGGCCGACGAGAGACUGUGUUCAUUGACGAAAUCGUUAAGGAAAUUAGUAGUAGAUUGGAACUACACACCCGGACUAAAAUCCCCCAUCUAAUUGGGAUGGACAUGUCUAUUCUUACCAUAAGUUCCUGGUUGAAAGGAGGAUCGUCAUCAAAAUCUGCUGAAAUUCUCACAAUUUGGGGAAUGGCGGGGAUUGGAAAGACAACCUUGGCAAAAUAUAUCUAUAGAUUACACCGCCAUGAAUUUGAAAGAAGUAGCUUUGUUGAAGAGAUUGAAAGAAAAUGUGCAGAACAAAAAUAUGCACUACUUGAUUUACAAAAACAGCUUCUUAGAGAUAUUCUUAGGAAAAGAAUGAUUGAAGAACAUGAUGUAGAUGUUUGUACAUCUAAGAUUGAGAAAGCAUUACUUAAUAAACCAACACUUUUGGUUCUUGAUGGUGUUGAUAACUUUGAGCAGGUAGAUGUGUUGAUCGGAACAAAAGGUUUUCAUCCAGGAAGCAAGAUUAUUGUAACAACCAAAGAUGGGUCCCUAACAGAAAAGUGUUCAUUGUUUCGUAUCAAAUUUCCUCCAAAGCAUACAGAGCAUGCACUUUAUGGUUUAAGUGCUACAGAAUCUGUAAGACUUUUAUGUUGGCAUGCAUUUGGAGGUUAUGAUCCUAAGGAAGGUUAUGAAGAAGAGGCAAUAAGAGCUUCAAACUAUUGUGGAGGACAUCCACUCGCUCUAAAGGUUUUGGGUAGUUCUCUAAAUAACGAAGAUGUUGCCACAUGGAGUGAUACCUUUGAAAUGCUAGAGACAGGAGAAUUCCAUAAUCAUGUACACAAGGUCCUCCAAAUUAGCUUUGAUUCUUUGCCAUCUCAAGAUUGCAAAGAAUUGUUUAAGCAUAUUGCAUGUUUUUUUGUUGGGAAAGACAGAGAAGCUACGGAAAUAAUAUUAAAGGAAUGUGGCAUUCGCACAUCAUAUGGGAUGAAAAAGCUCUUCGAUAGAUGUUUUCUCACAAUUGGAGGAGAUAAUAUGAUCACAAUGCAUCAGUUGCUUCAAGAUAUGGGGAGAGAUUUAGUCCACAAAGAAUCACCUGAAAAGCCAUGGAAGCGUAGUCGAGUAUGGAAACAUGAGGAGUCCCUCGAUUUGUUGAAAAAGGACAAGGGUACCCAAAGAAUUCAAGGUCUUAUCCUUGACACGAACUUAUUGAGAAAGGAGCAUAACUUCAAAGAUGAUGACGUGAACAAGAUUUUUAGAGCUGAUCAACCAAUCCAGAUGGUGUAUGAAUUCUUUUUAAGGAUUUGGUUGUUUUUUGCUCGGCUUCUCCUAAUGCUUUCAUCUUCUCAUUGCAAAAAAGUGGAAUUAAGAACAGAUGCAUUAAGAAAGAUGGAUAAGCUAAAGCUGCUCCAACUCAAUCAUGUCAAAAUCGACGGUUCUUACAAGAAUUUUCCAAAAGGUUUAAGGUGGUUGUGCAUGCAUGGAUUCCAUUCAAAAUUCAUACCUUCAGACUUACCAAUGGAAAAUUUGGUUGCUCUUGACAUGUCUUACAGUAAUCUGACACAGCUUUGGAAGAAGCCCAAGCUUCUUGGGUCAUUGAAGAUUCUUAAUCUGAGUUAUUGCAAGAUUGUUAGAGUUGAAGGCUUCUCUUGGCUACCUGCACUUGAGAGGUUGAUUCUUAUAAACUGUAAAAGCUUGGUUCAUGUGUGUGAGUCAAUUGGCGGAUGUGAUGGCCUUGUUAUUCUUGACUUGAGCUACUGCAAUAAUCUUAGUAAUGUUCCAAUUAGCAUCAGCAAGUUAAAGAAGAUUAAACGUCUAUCACUAAACGGUUGCUUAGGUGCUAGUGAGUUUCUAAUGCGGAUGAAGGAUAUGGAGUCAUAUGCAUCUUCCUCUUCUAUUGGAGAAUUUUUACCGAAAACUCCAAAAUCAUUUUUAGUACCCUCAUUAGUAACCUUAUCACUUAUAGGCAAUAAUUUAUCUAACGAAUCCUUUCCGAAGGACUUCAGUAGCAUGUCAAUGUUGAAGACAUUAUAUCUAAAUAAGAAUCCAAUUGAUUCCCUGCCUGAUUGUGUGAGAAGCCUUAGCAAGCUUGAGGAACUCCAUGUUGGAGAAUGUUGGAUGUUGAAGUCGGUAUUGUGCCCUCCACCUACAAUCCAAUAUUUGUGGGCUGACGAUUGUCCAUCACUUAUUAAAAUAACAUUCCCUCAAGAAAUGUCAUCACCACCAUUUCUGGAUAAUUUUGGCGCAGAGUCAUUGAGCUAAAUUGAAGGCAGAAUAAAAAUUCAAGAUAUAGCAGAAAUUGAUGAGCAGAUCUUAUGCAGCUUAGGGUGGACAAAUUUACAACAUUUGAAAGAUCAGAAGAUACGGAUACAGGAUUCAUACUGAUUUUCUCCUCCAAAGAAAGACCCAGUCCAGCUGCUUUACGAAUUUGGAAUAUUUAGCACAUGUUUUCCUGGGAAAGCAGUUCCAGAUUGGCUACCUCAUAAAAGCAAGGGUUCAUCAAUAUCAAUGUCAAUAGCCAGUGUCUUCAAUGAAUAAAAAGCUACAAGGAAUAAAUAUAAGCUUUGUGCAAACAGGAAAGAUAGGUCAUUUAAGCAUAAAAGUAGAGAACGUGACAACAAAUCGCACCUGGAUAUAUUAUGGUCAUAUAUUUGCUGUUCCAGAAACUGAUGAAGAUAUAGUAUGGUUAAGUCAUUGGAUGUUUGGGGAUAAUGAGAUUAAAAAUGGUGAUGAAAUUGGUGUUACAAUAUUAAAAGGAAGGGGAGGUGAUAGAGUAAUGGUAAGAGAGUGUGCAAUCAGUCCAGUGUAUAAUAAUAUUGAUAAGGACAAUAAUGAAGAAGAUCCUUUGAGUUAUUACAAGUCAUGGAAAUAUAUUAUUGGUGGUGAUCUGUCUGCAUUUCAGUUAGCCUCAGGAGAUUACUUAUUAGACCAACGUCCUUUUGGUUAUCAUUCCCAUGUAUUUGAAGACCACUUAUAUAAACUAUUUUUCGAAAGUAAGAAUGCUAUAACAAAUACCCAAAUGGAAGAAUGUAUUUGACAAAUAACACCAUACAUUCA